AUGAAUAUAAGGAAUCUCAAAACCCUAGCCCUUACUUCAUCAUUCCGUCACGAGCUUCUCUUAACAACGGUGUUAGGCCUAGCCCUCCAGUGCAAGGACCCACGAAAUCCUAACCCUAACUUUAUCGUUUCCGUGAUGAGGAGGGGGAAAGGGAGAAUUAAGGACAAGAAUAAGAGAAAAGAAGGCUCGCCGGAGAUAGGAGAUCGACUUCUGAGGAUGAAGACGCCUCAGAGAAGGGGAAAGAAGAAGGGGAGAAGGAAAGUAAUAGAAGAAGAGGAGGGGAGGAGGAGACUAGCUGAAGUUCUACUGCGGCAUUGGAACUCCGGCGAGUUUCUAGGUUUUAGGUGGAUAUUGGUCGCAGAGGAUUUAGAGAGAGAACAAAGAGAAUGUCUCCAAAAAACAGCCACUAUCUCCCUCGCUCUCCUCGCAAUUACUCUUGCUCUAACACUGUCCUCCGCCCAUGCCCACUGCCCUGCUUCAACGAUCCCUGGGAUCUUGAAGUAUUAUGGGUUACCGCCCUCGAUUUUCCCUGGUGAUGCUGUGAGCUUCAGCUGCGAUCCUGUCAACCAAAACUCCAUCAGGUUAAAUAUUAACUUGCGUGGUAAAUGUACCGUGGUUAACGAACUGGGUGCUAUUCAAAAUGUACUCAAGUGCUCAGAACAGAUAUCGGCGGUCUUAUCACAUGACAAACUGAGCGAAGUUAAGGGAGUGACUGUCCAACUCUAUGUUAAGCUUCUCCCUUGGCUCGACGCAGCACCAUUUGGUCCCCUCAUGACCAUAACCGGUGCCGAAGCCUCUUAUGGACUUUUUAACUUGAAGUUGUUUAUGUUUAUUUCUGACCAAGGUAACAGUCCAGCCUUCCCCUACAUGUUAUUCCCAAAUCAAGCUCCCAAGUGUUCCAAACUUGCUUUCUAUGACACCGUUGUUGCCAACAUCAACCAAGAUAUUCCUUUUAAUCCUAUUCUUGUUGCUUAAUAAGCCAAGUUCACGCUUCCACUCGCACGCAGUCUUGCACUUCACUUGCUGAUGCUUAUCAAUCGUUUCUAUUUUAUCGUGUAUGUUUGUGGUUUAUCUAUGCUUCUACUUUUUUUUGUUUGAAUAAAUCUGCUUAAAUGUAAGCAGCCCAUCAAUGUAAAACAGCUUGUACUUGUAUGAUCAUCUCAUUAUUUUUAAUCUACUACUUCUAUCAGUCUUA